AUGCCGAGUGCUGACAGCCUGCCCGACCAGACAGAAACCCCGGCUGAUGUCAGGUAUGUUCGCCAGCUGCUAGUGGAAGGUGACGGAUCCCAGGAGGAGAGCACCGACGACAUCGAGAUAGAGACCCAGUUGACUAAGGAUCUCGAAUCCUUAAGCUUGCAAAUUGACUUCGACGGCGCUGACACGCUUGUUGACGACCCCGCCCCAGCAGAGCCCCCGAAGGCAAACAAAGCCGUGGCACCAGACGAAGCCAUGGCACCCCAGAAGUCAAGCGAAGCCGUGGCAGCCCAGAAGUCAAGCGAAGCCCUGGCAGCCCAGAAGUCAAGCGAAGCCGUGGCAGCCCAGAAGUCAAGCGAAGCCCUGGCAGCCCAGAAGUCAAGCGAAGCCGUUGACGAAGCCAUGGCACCCCAGAAGUCAAGCCAAGCCCUGGCACCCCAGAAGUCAAGCGAAGCCCCGGCACCCCAGAAGUCAAGCGAAGCCCUGGCACCCCAGAAGUCAAGCGAAGCCAUGGCACCCCAGAAGUCAAGCGAAGCCGUGGCACCCCAGAAGUCAAGCGAAGCCGUGCUUUUCCAAUCGAUGCUGAAGAAGCUAGUUGAGAAGAAUGCCGACAUGGCCCAAAUGCUCAUGCGACCCGACACCGUGGACUUCGAAAAGCUGCUUGCAGAAGAAGCAGACGCACAGAGCAUGCCACCACCGAGCUACAUCCCAGUCAAGCAUGAGCCCAUGUCGCAGGAUGUCAUCAAAAAAACCUUGUCCGAAGCAGCCGCGAAGAGAGGCGACGCCAGAAGAAUCAGCGAGCCCGAUUCGACCGGACCUUCAUGUGCAAGCUGCCCUCUGGCGGUACUGGAGGCCUACAAUGAAUGCCUGCUCCCCAACGGACGGGUCGACAGAACGAAGCUGAACCGGAUGUUCGACGAUUGGGCUAGGCAUGGUGAGGACUGGGGUGAGACCGAGGUGUAUGCCCAGUGGGAAUCCAAGCAGCUGAAUCGGCAGAAAGAGUCCUGCCGAUGGCUGACCCGCAAGGAGAUCAAGAGCCGCUACGGGUACACCGAGGAGCAGGUGUGCAAGCUUUGCGCCCACAAGGAGAGCACCGGCGAAUGGCGCUGGCAUCCAGACUUUCCCGGAGAUGAGGAAAUGAAAUUGUUCCGAUGCUGGGACAGUGCAUUGGACGAAGACGAGUCCUCGCAUGGACGCAGCAUCAGCUUCAACCAGCGUGGGGCUGGACCUGCAGGGGCCGCAGCGGCACUCAGGAUCACGGGGCCAGAUGCAGGUGCUGGGGUCGUUGCGGUUGAGCUUCCGGGCGGGGGGCGUGGCAAGGGCGGUGGCAAGAAUAAGGGAAAAGCUGGUGGUAAGAAGGGGAAGAACAAGGGCGAAGGGAAGGGUGAUGACACCCCCACACCCAAAGCCAAAACACCGUUGCAGAUUGCGAAGGCCGUAAUCGUGCAAGCGAAUGCCAAUCUUCUCGAGAUCUCGGGCUUCGGGCACAAGCUUCAAAAGGCUGGGUGCGACCACAAUCUUGCGAAUGCCCUGACGGAGAGUAUGGCCCGCACCAGUGCCCAGAUCUCCGAGGAGCGCCAGAAACUCGAGGCCGCAAUCGCUCGGGGUGUCGAUGGAGAUGAGCUGAGGCUUCUGGGGGAGGCUGUUGCAAAGGCAAACGAUGAUUUCAAGGCAAGCUCAGCCAAGGGCAUCCAGGAAGCAGCCCUGGCGAUGCAACAGGAGAGCGGCGACCACUGCUCGGACAUCCACCACAUCCAGAUUCCUAUCAAGGACGUCCGCGAACGUCGAGGCCGAUCCACCUUGAGGCUACCAUUCCUCAUGCCGCAUGAAGUCUUCGACUAUCUGUACGCAACAGAUCGUCUACAACGAGAUCAAGAAGAGAUCGACAAAUUUUGGAACCAUGUUCGCGAUCACACCACAUGGGGCAAAGACCACAUUGCUCAGGGCCACAACCCAAUGUCAAUAUACGGCGACGAGGCUCGCUACAAUCUUGCAGGGGACAAGGUUCUAUUGAUUGCAAUGUCCCCGGUGCUGGCACGGGAGAGGAUCUCACUGUCUGGUCGAGUGCAGGGGCGAUUGGGUCUGGCAUCGCGACUUCUGGAAGUUGCAGGCGAGCUGGCAAUCUACCAAGGUGUGUCACUGCUGUACGGCAAUGAGUCGAGGUGGCGAUUGUCCUUGCUGCGACACUUCCCAGAACGGUCCGUGACUGACUUCAACAGCAUCGUUAGGUGGGCUUCAGCGAACCGAGUUCAACACAGCCAAAACCAUUUGACUGCCGGCAUGAUUACGCGCGACCCAUACCCCAGCCUGAACCUCAAGGCCUGGAACGGUAGGGUCUUUGUGGUCUUUUUGGAGAUCUGCUUGAAUGCAGCCGUUGCCAUGUACGAUGAUGAUCGAGAGCUAGAGCUCGCAGCUGCAGCUGCGACGUGCAUCGCGGUUUGGUUUGACCGGUCCGAGAGAGCAUCACGGUAUCUCACGGAAAGCGAAGCCGACACGAUCUGUGAAGCUGGACUCAAGUUCAUCGCCUACUACGAGGCCUUGGCGCGCCACUGCAUACACGCCGACGUGGCACGCUUCAAGGUGAUCCCAAAAUUACAC